AUGGUCAGGAUGUAUGGCGUAAGCAAGAGUGAGUUACUUGACCGUGAAUCUGAAGAUCCUGCUGUACGCCUUGCUUUGGGAGAAACAAAAGUGAUUGCAGAGACCAAAGAAGCACUUGCUAAAGCUGGAGUAAAUGUCACUUCUUUGGAAGAAUUUGCUACAGGGAAAGGCAAAGAGAAGAUCCGAAGCAAUCAUAUCCUCUUAGUGAAGAAUUUGUCAUUUGCUACUUCUGAAAAGGAACUGGCUCAAAUGUUUGGAAAAUUUGGAAGUCUAGACAGAAUUAUUCUCCCUCCCACAAAGGCGAUGGCCUUGGUUGUUUUCCUUGAACCUACCGAGGCACGUGCAGCUAUGANGAAAAUGGCAUACAAGCGUUACAUAGAUGCUCCNCUGUAUCUGGAGUGGGCUCCUGAAGAUAUUCUUGAGCCGAAAACACUUUCCGGUAACAACGAAAAGAAGAUUGAUGUUGGAGAAAAUGUUUUGAGAAGAGCCAACCUUGAGCAGCAGUUUGGAAUGGAUCUGGAUAGAACUGAGUCAAAUGUUCUUUAUAUUAAUAAUAUGAGCAUCAAGACAAGUGAUGAGAGUUUGAAGAAGCAUUUGACUGAACUGAUGAAGAAGCAGGGAAAGAUUAUGAGUGUCAAGAUUAUAAAGUAUCUAAAGGAUGGAAAAAAUCGUUCAAGCAGUUAUGCUAUUGCAGAAUUNGACUCUGUAGAGACAGCGACCAGUGUCUACAGAGACUUACAGCGGAUCCUGAGAACCUGUGAAAACAAGUGGAGUGGCAUGGCUGGGAAAGGUUCAGACAAGGAUAAUCCUUGUACAAAGUUACAUGUGAAAAAUGUAGCUUUUGAGGCAACCAAGAAGGAACUAAGACAGCUUUUCAGUCCAUUUGGACAGGGAUCUGUUGUGGAUGGGCAUGCAUUGAUUUUGAGAUUCUCUGGAAACGAGCGGAGUGACACGGCUGGGAAAGGUUCAGACAAGGAUAAACCCUGUACAAAGUUGAAUGUGAAAACACUUUCCGAUAACAAUGAAAGGAAGAGUGAUGUUGGAGAAAAUGUUGAGAGAAGAGCCAACUCGGAGCAGCAGUCUGAAAUCGAUCUGGAUAUAACUGAGUCGUUGCCUUCUCCAAGUCUUCCAGUGAGCGUGGAGUUCUUUGAAUGGCGCAACACUGUGGUCAGCUCUGUUUUCCACUGCUCUUGUGGUAAAAUGUUCCAAGUUCGUGUAUAUUCGCACAAGAUGUAUUUAUUUCGUACGGAAAGAGGUUGUGCCGCUCCGCAGAUGAACGUGGAAUGGGUCAGAGGUGGUCAGAUUUCCAUUGAGUGCAUGUGCUCCCUUUGCAACACUGGCGUUCGCUUCACCGGUCAAGGUCGCACUGGACAGACAGUCCACAUUUUCAGUGUUGGAGAGAGCGAACUUCCGGGAAUCCGUGAGAUCUGUUCAAUGUUAGACAAUCUAGUAAUCGAAUUGAGGAAGUUUGGAUAUUAUCCAAGCUUAGAACGAGCUGCACGAUGUAGAGGAAAGGAAGAAAGAGGAGCUUUCGAUGCAGCACAGUGA